CGCCUCCAGCUCGCCGAGCUCCAGCCGAAGGAGAAGGGGGGUAAGUGAUGAGGUCCCUGCGCCAUGGCUCGUACCAAGCAGACCGCCCGCAAGUCGACCGGGGGCAAAGCGCCUCGGAAGCAGCUGGCGACCAAAGCCGCUCGGAAGAGUGUGCCCUCCACCGGAGGGGUGAAGAAGCCGCGUUGCUACAGGCCUGGAACCGUGGCACUUCGUGAAAUUAGACGUUAUCAGAAGUCCACUGAGCUUCUCAUUCGCAAGCUUCCCUUCCAGCGUCUGGUGCGAGAAAUUGCUCAGGACUUCAAAACAGACCUGCGCUUCCAGAGCGCGGCCAUUGGUGCUUUGCAGGAGGCAAGUGAGGCCUAUCUGGUUGGCCUGUUUGAAGACACCAACCUGUGUGCUAUCCAUGCCAAACGUGUAACAAUUAUGCCAAAAGACAUCCAGCUAGCACGCCGCAUACGUGGAGAACGUGCUUAAGAAUCCACUAUGAUGGAAACAUUUCAUUCUUUUAAAAAUUUUUCUCUUCUUCCUGUUAUUGGUAGUUCUGAACGUUAGGUUUUUUUUUGUUUUUUUUUUUUCCCAUGGGGUCAAAAGGUACCUAAGUAUAUGAUUGCAAGUUGAAAAUAGGGGACAAAUCAGCUAUUUGGCAGUUUUUCCAUUUUCAUUUGUGUGUGAAUUUUUUUAAUAUAAAUGCGGGGACAUAAAGCAUUAAUGCAAGUCAAAUGUUUCAGUGAGCAAGUUUCAGCAGUUCAACUUUAUAACAAUAUAAAUAAACCUGUUAAAUUUUUCUGGACAAUGCCAGCAUUUGGAUUUUUUUAAAACAAGUAAAUUUCUUAUUGAUGGCAACUA